AUGGAUGAUGAGGUAAAUACAACCUAUAUAACACUUGAUGGGUAUGUUGAGCUGCAUAAUUACAGAUUUCUUUAUUUUGUGAUUAUGUUUACAGCAUAUAUUCUAAUAAUCUGUGGUAAUUGUACAAUUUUGUGUCUUAUCUGGUUUCACCAAAAUCUUCAUGAGCCUAUGUACGUCUUUAUUGCAGCUUUAUUAUUGAACUCUGUUGUUUACUGCACAACUAUCUACCCAAAGCUAUUAACUGAUGUUUUAUCUGAAGAACCAGUCAUAUCUUAUUCAACCUGUGUAUUUCAGUGGUUUGCAUAUUACACUUUAAUGGGUUCUGAAUAUUGUCUGUUAUCAGCCAUGGCCUAUGACAGGUAUGUGUCUAUAUGUAAACCUCUGCACUAUCCAGUUAUAAUGAGGAAAUUAAAAAUCAACAUUUUUCUGGCAUUAUCUUGGUUUCUGCCAGCUUUUCAGGUCGCGGUUCCGGCUGCAAUUAAUGCUUAUAGAAAAAUAUGUCACUUUACUCUUAAUGGAACUAUUUGUAACAGCACAGUUAUUCAUCUGUACUGCAUUGACUCGACAGCACUGAAUAUAUAUGGGCUGGUUUGUUUUGUCAACCUUCUCAUUGUUCCUUUGACUUUCAUACUUUUUACCUACAUAAAGAUAUUUAUAAUAACUCACAGCUGUGUAGACGUCAGGAAAAAAGCUACACAGACCUGUUUGCCUCAUCUUUUAGUUUUAGUCAGCUUUACCUGUGCGACCACUUGUGAUGUACUUUUAUUUCUAAUUGAAACUGAUUUUUCUAAACCCAUACGUCUUUUAAUGUCUUUUCAAACUAUCUUUUGUCAUCCUCUUUUUAAUCCUGUGAUAUACGGACUAAAAAUGACAGAAAUAUUUAAACACUUCAAGAGGUUGUUAUGUCCUGGGAAUGGUUUCACAUUUUCACAGAGAGUCAAAGCAAGAACAAUUUUAAGUUUCAAGUGCCUCCAUAAUAACACCCCUGACUACCUCAAGGAUCUUCUGACCCCUCACACCUCCACCUGUGGUCUCCGGCCCCACAGCACCAACCUCCUCCUCCCCCCCAGAACUAAACUUCAGACCAUGGGAGACCGGGCCUUCUCAUCUCCCGGCCCCAUAUCUGGAACUCCCUCCCUGACCACCUAA